GGCCCGGGGAGCGACGAGGAGCCGCCCAGCAGGUACGAGAAAAUGGCCAAAAGAAACGCGGAGAAGGAGCUGACAGAUAGGAACUGGGAUCAAGAGGAUGCCGUGGAAGAGGUGGGUACGUUUUCGGUGGCGAGCGAGGAAGUCUUGAAGAACAGAGCUAUCAAGAAGGCGAAGCGAAGGAAUGUGGCCUUGGAAUCUGAAAGUGGAGGGGCCUUUAAAGGGUUCAAAGGGUUGGUCGUACCUCCAGGAGGAGGGCUCACCAGCUUCGGCAACGGCGCCAGCAUCAAGCCUCUGCAGGGCCUGGCCAAUGGCUGCGGCGUGUCUGUGCUUGCCUCGACCCCCGUCAAGGUUCCCUCAGCAGGAAAGAAGGUGACCUUUGGUUGUGCCAGCGCCAAUGGCCCAACGUCUUCCUGGGGGGUGGACAAGAAGGCCACCAGCCCUAAGACCAAUGGGGACAGCCGGCAGGGUGUGCAGGGGAAGGCCUGUGGUGCCAGUGCUUACCACAGACAGCUUGCUGCCUUAAACUGCUCUGUGCGCGAUUGGAUCGUCAAGCACGUGGACACCAACCCGCUCUGUGACCUGACACCCAUCUUUAAAGACUACGAGAGAUACCUCACAGGCAUCGAGCAGCUGCCCGGCAACAGCAGUGACAGCAGUUCGGAGAUGGAGGCCGGCAGGCAGCUCCUUGGGACCCCGGCCGGGCCCGCCACCCCGGGCCCAUCGCAACAGCACCCCCAAGACACCCCCUUUUUGUUUCACCCGGACAAAGCCGAAGGGGCCGCGGAAAAUUGGGCAGAAGCGCCGUCGGAGAAGAAAGCGGCCCCUGCCACGGGAUCUUCGUCCACUGCCUCCUUUCACUUUGGACGGAAAGUCGACAGCUCGGUCCUGGGCUCCUUGGGCUCCGGCCCCAUGGCAAACUUCUUCUCUCCUGGAAACGCGGGCCUCUUUGGCAAAGAGGUGACCCAGGCGAGCCCCGCCUCUUCCUUCUCCCCCAAAAUGCUGGAGGGCCACCCGGAUGCAGCUGCUGGCGAAGGCAAAGGUGCCCAAGAGGAAGAGAGUGAGGAGCCGCCCAAAGUAAUCGUGAAUGAAGUCAAGGAAGAGGAUGCCUUUUACUCCAAGAAGUGCAAACUCUUUUACAAAAAAGAUAAUGAGUUUAAAGAGAAGGGCGUGGGAACCCUGCACUUGAAACCUGCUGCCAAUCAGAAGACCCAGCUUCUGGUUCGAGCAGACACCAAUUUAGGGAACAUACUCCUGAAUGUCCUGGUUCCACCCAACAUGCCCUGCUCCCGAACCGGCAAGAACAAUGUGCUCAUCGUCUGCGUCCCCAACCCGCCCAUCAGCGAGAAGAGCGCCACCCUCCCCGUGACGAUGCUCAUCCGGGUCAAGACUACGGAGGACGCUGACGAGCUGCACAAAAUCUUGCUGGAGAAGAAGGAGGCAUGAAGCGGGGCAGGGCGCUCAGAGACUCGUUUGCCAAGUUGCUGCUUUUUUCCCUUAAACUUAUUCCUUUUAUUCUUAACUUUCUACUUUGACAUUCUAAGAACUUUAGAGGUAUUCUGAAAGGUUUUGUGGGGGAAAUUACUAUGGCCAAUAAAAGCUUUAAGUGAACACCCAAAAAAAAAAAAAAAAGAAA